CGACCCCCCCCCCCCGCGCGCCUCCCUGCGUGCAGUUAUGUCUCUGAGGCGCUGCCCUCUCCCGCCAUGGCUGAAGGCGCAGCGUACCUGCUCCUGCUCGUCGUGCUGAUUCUCGGUGAGGAUGGGGAGCUGAGGGGAGCGCAGGCCGGCCCGCCCCCCCUCGGCCCUGUCUCACCAACCCGGGACAAUGGGAGCGGCAGCGGCAGCAGCCCGGCCACGGCCUCCCCCACCCAGCCCGCAGAGCUUUCGUCUCUGACUCUGAAGGUGUGGGUGAAGGAUACAUCCAGCCAGCGGUACCUCAAUGGCGCCAUGGUUCAAGUGUUCCUGAAUGGAUCUCAGCUUCACUCCAGCCAGACCCAGGAGAAUGGAGAGGUCCUGCUGACCGUACCCUACCGGCUGGGGGUCACACUUACCCUGGUGGCCAGCAUGGAGGCUUAUGUGCCCACUCAGCUCCCCUGGAAAACUACCAAGAUGCCCAUAUUUUCUGCUAUCACCAUGUCCCUGGUUCCGCAAACACAAGGAAACAUCUGGCUCUUUGAAGACACUGUGCUGAUAACACGGAAAACAUCUGAACUGUCAUCUCAGCCCAGUGUCCAGUUCUCCAAGAGCCUCCUCUCACUCCCAGAGAACGCAACCAUCUCCAUGAUGACUGCUUAUCUGACCAUACCAGCCCCGCCCCCUCCGAAAGACAGUCAUUUCUGUACAAUGGGACUCAAUAACAAAGGAGUUUCAGGAUACACCAGUAUGAAACUGAACCCUGUGGCAAUGCUGAGCGCUCAGUUACUCUCUGCUGGGAAAGAGAUCGACAUCAAAGGCCCCAUUCAACUCACAAUACCUCUACCGUACCAUACACACCUCCACGCUUCAGAUUUACUGCCUGCCUGGACCUUUGACAUGACCACAGGUGUCUGGGUUAAUAAGGGUGUCGGCUCUGUCAGGAUGGAGCGGAACGGGUUGGUCUGGACUUAUAUAGCUCCUCAUCUCGGAAACUGGAUCGCAGCACCAUCUCCCUCCUCCAAUGGCUACAUGGGACAUGCAACUUCAAUGGACUUCAUCUCAUACAAUACAUACCUUCUUAUGGGCAUCUUGGGCGGUACGCUAGUGAUUGUCAUUGGAUUUUUAUCUGUGAUUUUAUGUCACUGCAGAGAUUUAAACCAUGAAGCUGAGCGAAGACGCAGGAACUCUACUAGACUGUUGGUUCUAAAGAAAGACCAGACCACAUCCACCAGCACAGAUGAAGUCUAUGAGCCCUUGUACACCAGUGGAGACAUCUCCUACCCAACGGCAGCAAGAGGUGUAGGCCAUCCCGAUUUAUCCUCCUCCCCUCGACAGCAGGCCAAAUACAACAUCUAUGUCGAAAACGUUUGUCGACCUGCUGGGAACCUGUAUGAGAACAUUGGAACUGCUGGUCUAGAGAACCUCAGGGCUCCGGUACCCAACCUGUAUGUAAAUAGUGACGAAGUAGCAAGACUUCGAGAAAUGUCUGAAAAGAAUACGUCAUGGCAAGCUCCGGGGGAGAGCGUGGUGUAUCGAGACAAGCUGUUCCACAUCUACAACCAGCCUGUAGCCAUCGUACAAGCACCAGAGCUCUUCACUGCCCAGGGACAGGCUGAUUCCACAGGAAAUAGAUGCGCCACUUUCCCCAGGAACGGCAUGGAGCACGGAGCGCAGGCUGAACGUAACUUUAAAGACAGUUUCACCCAGACAUUACCCAAAGUCCCACAGCAAGAUAGCGACGAGCAGCCUGCUCUGGAGGGGCCGCAAACCUCUACUGCCAUCCCCGGAAUAUGGGGCCGCUUCAGUCACCUCCUCGAGUCCGUCUCUGUCCCGGGUACCCUGAACGAGGCAGCUGGAAUGGGACAGUUCCGUGGUGAGCUUCAGGGAAUCUCUGAGCAAACCCUGCUGGAGCUCUCCAAGGUCAAGCCUUCACCCCACCCUCCUCGAGCAUGGUUCGUCUCCCUGGAUGGUAAACCAGCAGCCCAAGUGCGCCAUUCUGUAAUCGAGCUCCAGGGGAGGCACCGGCCGGGCAGCAGCAACGACACCAGCCUGGACUCCGGGGUGGACAUGAACGAGCUGCAGCAGUCAGUGAGGACCCGGGAGGGUCCUUCCAUCACCCACAUGCCCAAAGCAAUAGGGGGCCGAGGCCACGAGGAACAGGACUUGAGUAGCAGUGAAAUUGGAAGUCCCGAAGACGCAUCCCUGAGGAACACCCUAGAGGGUAGCAGCUCAGCCAUUCCAAACAUCCCCGAGGACAUGGAUGCUGGUGACACCUCCAGCGAGUCCAGAUCCACCCCACCACCUCGUAGGCUGCGGAAGGUACGGGACAAAAAGGCGGAUAAGAAAACAACUCGGCAUAUGAGGGAGGAGAGGCCGCAAACAAAACGCUAGCCCGACAUUUGUUCAGCCUUUGUGGAGCUUUUCAGUGUCUGCCAAAUAUAUCUGGUUUUGAUCAACUUGCCUUAUUCUAUUGUCAUCAGGAAGGGUUAAGAAACCUGUGCCCGUUAGAGCAUAGCUUUCUAAAAGUGUUUCUGUGGUAUCUCUAAUUUUGCGGCGUCCAAAUAUUGAUCAGUAAGGCUGUGUUCAGACUGCAGGCAAAUAAGUUGUGUUUCUCAAAUCAGAUCUAGAUAUCACUACUGAUUUUCUGAACUGAUUUGAUUCCGAUGUUUUAAUUGUACAUGGUUUACUCAACCUACAUUAUUAAAAUAUUAGUACUUAAGCUCCAGCCAUAAUGAACUGAUAUGCAGAUCAGAUUUCAUUGCUAGGAAAAACAAUGGCUGGUCAGAGGGGUUGAAUAUCUAGAUUUGAUAAGGUAAUUUUUGUUGCAUUACGAGUGAUGCAAACAGCUUGUUAAAAUCCAAUUGGAAUUUUUAGACUGUCCAGAUUGUAUUUACUUUUCAAUUACUAUUUUUAUCAAAUUAUUUUUGCAAAUCAGAUUUCAUGUGGUUUCUGUAUGGCCAGGAUUUGGGCUGGCAGUCUGAACAUGGCCUAAAUCCCUCCUACAAAAUAGGUUCACUCUUCACUUUAGUGCAUCUUUGUCUGUGUCACGUUUGUGUGAUUCCCGAGUGCAUUGGAAUAGUGUACAUAUUUACAUUAAGAUUCAACGUUUUUUCACUGUGAGCACAAUCUAUUAAAAACCUACUAAGCUUUUUUUAAAAACUGAUAAAGAGUCUGCAUAUAAAAAGAAUGCCUGUACUGAUGUGAGUAAAUGAUAAAAAGUGCCACAGAGUGCCACGACAGGAGAAACAGGAACUUUGUUGCAUCAGUUUGUGGCAUCAGGGCCGACUUUGGCAGCUGGAAAAAAAGUGUUCUGGUUGGCGUAGGCUGAUGUUCUAAUAGAGAAGAGCAUCAGUUUGUUUUUGGUUUUAAAGCACGGUAGUCAUCAAACUGUAACUGUUAAAGUAAGGCUUUCAGUUCUACAUAAAGUAUAAUAUCUUAUCAAAACUUGUAUUUACCAGUGGACUUUAAGAGUCCAUUUAAGAGCACUGAUAUAAGAGCAACUGCAGUGUAUUUUUAAUGUUUUAUUCUCAUCCAUACAUGGUCAGUUUAAAACAGUUUACAUACAUGCCACUGAUACUUCUAUUGGAUAAUAAUAUUAUUCACCCAAUGCUCUUAAUUUGCUCUUUCUUUGUUCUGUUUGCAUUAAAUGUAAAUAUAUUGAUUUCUGUUGGAAACAGAAAAAGAGGUAAAGAAAAAAGAGACACACACGGCCUGGGAAAAUGGGGAAGUUGUACACGUCGUAGAUGUCCCCUCCCCCAUAAAAUAAUUUAUUUCAAAUUUUAUCCCAUUUUUUCACAAAUUUCCAACUGCUGCUGAUGUAAUAUCACAAGGUAUUCAGCACGCUUUCAGGAAAGUGCCGGAUCCCCAGCUCUGAUUUAUCAGCAAACAGGUGCCUGUGGCAGUGAUAAGGGGAGAAGCCAAUCGUGCUCUCCUGGACUCCAGCUGCUAGGUUCACUCUUGCAAAUAGCAUGAUGUGUGCUUCAAACCUAUUGGAACACCCAGAGCUCCUCAGUUCACAAAUUCCAAAAAUAGAAAAGCUAAAAAGCAGGUACAGUUGAGUCAAGUAGUAUAGGUAUCAUUCAGUGCAAAAACUCAUUUCCAGUUGCCAGAGCCUUCCUGCCAAUCGCAGAUGCUUACAAUACCUAACAAAUAUGUCCAGUAACAUAUGUGAAUUAGAAAGUUGUGAAACAACAAGAUCAGUUAUCUUUACCUCGUGUAUCUAACAAAAACAUGAAGGAUUCAAUUCUGGCAUUCAGGAAAAAGAACUGCAGCAGGUAUUUUCACUGACUAAAGAGAGGCCUUUAAGGUCAUAGAUUGUUUCACACACUUACUUAGUAUUGUUUAUACUGUUAAAAUGUGCAUGCGGUUUAUUGUGUGUAUACGUUUUUUUUUCUCUGUUGGAUGAUGGAUUUUAUGUGUUUCCUGUGAGAAUGUAGCAGCAGACAUCAGAGAUUUGGCUCAGGUUUACGUCGUCUUUUACCAAGGCUUUUAUUCUCUGGUACUUCAGAGCCGUAUUUGAAGUGUAAGCUUAAAUGGCCAUACCUUCAGCACAUCACAAUGUUUCUGUGUGUAGAUGUUUUGAUGGGUGAUAUGACUUCACAUAAGUGACCAGUAGACUAUAAUAUAUUCACUUACUGAAUGUGUUUUAUUUUGAAUUUAUUAUUUUUUAAUGUAGUAUUGAUAUUUUGUUGAUGGUGUGAAAGAAACACUGGUAGGCUGUUACAGAGUAGCAGAAGUGUGUGUGUGUGUGUUUGUGUGUGUGUGUGUGUGUGUGUGUGUGUGUGUGUGGAAGAGACUUUUGACUUUGAUUUUUGACAAUGUAAUUAUUAUAAGCGAUGCAUGGCUGAGGAGAAGCUGAGAAGAUUAUGUUCUUUGUAAGUAGUGUCAACCAAAUGUGUUUCAAAGCCACUUUUCACAUUGUACUGUGUAUGAUUUAUGUUGAUUGUAAAAUACUGUUGUCAUUUUUAAACAGACCACUUUAAAAAGCGCUUAAGGGAACGUCCUCCCAUUUUUCAAAUGCUUUGCUGAGCAGCUUGUGAUUUGCCUUUUUUGUGCACAUCAAUAAAGAAAUUAACCAGU